AUAUAGUGAGCCCCGCCCCUUGUUACCAGUCCAGAAAAUGAACAGCAGCACACUCACAACUGUGAUGUCACAGAGUUGUUCUUCGACGGCAGACGUCUGGUGGGACUACAGUUAUUUUUUGGCUGUUAAUGAAUUAAACUCAUGCAGUCGUUGAUUUAUCCAGACUUGGAUUUUUUUUUGAAAGAGUCAACCUUGUUGUCAUUCAGGGCCAUAUGUGAGGAAAAACCCAGACUCGACAGUUGAGGAGGCUGUGGUCUGGAGACGAGGACGAAGAGCUGUGAUUGCUGCGUUGCAAGGAGUGGAGGAAAUACACAUUUAAAAAGUGCCAUCGUUCACAGACGGCACUAGCAGCGAAACUGAGAAAAAACUGAACAAGAAUCAUCCUGUCAAUCAACUGAAGUUGAGAAAAAAACAAUUUGUCGACAAGAAUCAAAUAAACCAACGGAACCAGGCGACUUAGACCAAUAUUCCUAUCCUAAAUUAGAAGAAAAAACUAAUCAAGCGUCCAAGCAGCUGUCAGUUCUCUGAAGAUGAAUCACCUGUCGAUCAGUGAGUUAUGUUGCCUGUUCUGCUGCCCGCCGUGUCCCAGUAGGAUUGCCUCCAAGCUGGCCUUUCUGCCCCCUGAUCCCACCUACAGCCUUAUGUGCGAUGAGAGUGGCAGCAGGUGGACGCUUCACCUCUCGGAGCGUGCGGACUGGCAGUACUCAUCCAGGGAGAAGGACUCCAUAGAGUGUUUCAUGACACGCACAUCCAGAGGAAACCGCAUCGCCUGCAUGUUUGUCCGCUGCUCACCCAGCGCCCGCUACACCCUGUUAUUUUCCCAUGGAAACGCUGUGGACUUGGGCCAAAUGAGUAGUUUCUAUAUAGGCCUUGGAUCACGGAUCAACUGUAACGUCUUCUCUUAUGAUUACUCGGGUUACGGGGCCAGUUCUGGAAAACCUUCAGAGAAGAACCUGUAUGCUGAUGUAGACGCUGCCUGGCAGGCCCUGCGGUCAAGGUACGGCAUCAGGCCUGAGAACGUGAUUGUGUACGGUCAGAGCAUCGGAACAGUGCCAUCUGUGGACCUGGCGUCUCGCUACGAGAGCGCCGCCGUCAUUCUCCACUCCCCUCUUAUGUCUGGAAUGAGAGUGGCCUUUCCUGACACUAAAAAGACCUACUGCUUUGACGCCUUUCCAAACAUUGACAAGAUUUCAAAGGUAACCUCACCUGUCCUAGUGAUCCAUGGUACAGAGGAUGAGGUCAUCGACUUCUCCCACGGACUGGCGCUGUACGAACGAUGUCAGCGUCCUGUUGAGCCGCUCUGGGUGGAGGGAGCCGGACAUAACGAUGUAGAGCUGUAUGGACAAUACCUGGAGAGGCUCAAACAGUUUGUGGCACAUGAGCUUGCCAACUUGUAGAGGCAUCUGUAAACAAUUUGAUGGAAGAGAAGAUGGAUAAAAA